AUGAAGUUGAAAGCCUGGGGAACACCUUCACCCCACCCACCUACUCCUGCUAGCACUGUAACCACUACAACAUCAACCUUUGUUACACAUACAAGUCCAUAUACUGGUAAAAAUACACAAACAAACACAACUGUUCCAAUGAUGAACUCUAAUGUUCAAAGUUCAAAGUCAACUACAUCAGUAAGUGAUAAUCGCCAGUCUAGUGUACCUCAGACAAACAUUGUUAGUGCAACACAAUUAAUUGACACAAAUUCUACAAUAAACAGAACAGAAUACACAAAUCCACCUAGAAAUAUGCAAGAGAAAAGUCUGUCUUUCUUAGAAACAGUAACAUCAGGAUUAUCUGUAACACCACAAUCCAACAGUAAAACUUCCUCGCCAGUUUCCAGGAACCCGACUGAUACCAGUGUGUCAGAUGUUAAGUCCACACAAGUUUCGAAAACAAAUUCUGCUGGUUCAAGGCCAUCUUCAACGUCCGUUACCAAUUCUAAACCUCCAAUACAUGCUGCUUAUUAUAAUUCAUACGGUGCAGCAUAUAGUGCCAGACAACAACUGACCAACGGCACAAAUACCAAACAAGAUACACCUAGUACUGUAACAACUAAUGGUGAUACUGGUAAAACAAAUGGAAAUGUGACAUGGGGUUUACCGGAGGAGCUAGCGACCCAUUUAAAGAUGGCGACAACAGAACCGAUGGUGAAUGGAGAUGAUCCGGGAGAUACAGAUUCUGUCAGUACGAUCUGCGAGGAACGGGAACCAGAACCUAAAGAAGUAAGGAGUAUCUUAAAGCGUACAGGAAGUGGCAAGAAGACUGGUGGUAUAUUAAAGAAGUCUUGUUCUGCGGGCAAUAUGAAGGAAAUACGUGACAGCUUGGAGAUUACUCGUGUUCAUCUGCAGACCAGUGCUGAAGAGAAGGAACAAAGGAUGCUAAGAGAGAGGGAGAGACUUAAGAAUCCUGCAGGGACGCCUACAAAGAAGAAUGUAAGAUUUGCUGAUUUAACAUAUGAUGAACCCGAGCCUAGUGGAUACAGUGACAGUAAACUGUUCCACAAGAGAAAUGAUGAUUCAGUUCAUCACAAGCCACCUCGCCCAGUAUCUGCUGUUACAACAAAGAAUUUAUCACCUAAGAUAGACAGUAAACCUCCUCGUGCUACAAGUGCCACAAAUGUACGUACAAGCACGAUUCCUCGAGCUAAAACACAGGUUGUUAGACCCCAGGCUGCUGCACAUAUCAUUACACAAAGUACACAGCUUCUAGAUAAUCCAAACGAGAAAGUUACAGUUGUCAAUAGUAACUUUAUGGAGAAAGUUCCUGCGAUGGCAAGAGCCAAUCAGACUGCUUUAACUGUAGCCCCAGCGUCGGUGUAUGCCGUCAAUUCUGUCAGUUAUACCCAGCCACAACAAAAAGGAAACUACGCUGUAUCAAGUAUAGUAAUGCCCAAGAAUGAAAGUGUUCCUUUCAUUUAUCCUGGUUAUAAUAAGACUGGUCCUGUCCCAGCAGGCAGUGUGAGUGGUCCGUCACAAGGUGGAAAUAAUUCUAAAUAUGAAGGUGCUGUAUAUGAUGAGAAUGGUGUACGAAUAGAUAGAACGCCAACUGAUGAAGAAAUUAACUUUCUGUGGGAUAAAUUACGCACUUGUUUAAGUAGAAACUCCCAGGCCACACCUGACGCCCCUCAGGCAGAGAGUCAAAGUGCAAGUGCACGUCAGGCUGCUCCAGUCGCCCAUACAUAUAUAGACGGCAAUGCAUUAGGUCAGUUUAACAGUUUAAACAGAGUUGCCCAGCAACCAGGAUACAAUAACAACAAUAACCCUGCAAUACGCAGACAAAAUUCACUUGAAAAUACACCUAAUACAUACACAAGACGUUACGGUCUGCUACAACAAAGAAAACAACAACCUAACCCAAACAGUUUGAAGUCAAGACAACAACAACAACAACAGCAGCAAGGAUAUACAGUUUAUCAGGCUCCUAUUCAGAGUAAUUCAGAACCUCAGCCAACAGGGCCUCUUAUAAAUGGUGCUGAUGUAUCAGAGAGUAUGGCAGGAUUUCUGGCAGCGGAACAGUUAGCGGAACAGUCUGUAUCAGAGAGUAGAAUACACGAGGCGAUGGAGGAGGCUCAAGCUAGACAACUUGCCUAUAACUCUGCUAGACCUCAACCUAAAGUGAGGUCUGCAUUGUCAGUAGAAGAACAGAGAUUGAUGGAAUCCCUGGACAGACUAAAUGAUAAACUGAAAACUGCAGAUGGUAUUGUGCCAAAUACUACCCCACCCAGUCAACCUGUACAACAACAACAACCAGCAGCAGCACCAAGACAACAGUUGUCUGUACAUAGAUCCUCAUUUCUUACUGAAGACGGAAAGGAAGAUAUUGAAUGUGAGGAAAUUAUACAACAAGAAAAUAAACCUUCACAAGAUUGUGUGAGUGGGUUCAAAGGUCAUGCACCAAUUACACAGAGGAGGGUUAUAGAGGCCGGGAACCACAGGGCCCGUUUGAGAAUCACGUCUGCUCAUCUGAAACGUAAUAUACACAGACACCAAUAGAAACGCAUUAAAUGUCACAUAUCUACUGUAACAUAAAUCAGAAUGUCACAUCUCUCUUAUUACACAAGUCAGAAUGUCACAAAUUGAUUCUGUGACAUUGAUAUUCACCGGAAUGUAAAAAAUUUCAACAACUAGAAUGUUGAAUUCCGCAGACAUUAUCAUCAAUUGUAUUAAAUAGUGUAAAUUACAGUAACAGUAAUAGAUCUGGGAUUGCAUGAAUUCAUACCAGUACAGUCUUUAUAAAUGUACUGAAAAACUAUUAAUGAACAUCAUUUGCUUUGAUUGGUAAGGAAGGCCGUACAUUACUAUUGUUUUCCAUCAACUCUACCAGAGGAGACAUAUCAUUGUACAUGUAUAUGUUCUUACAGUUUUCGAUUUUCAGUAAGAACAUUUCCAUGUGAUAUAAUGUCUCUACAUAUGUAAGAUAGGGUCAAACGUUAUAGUUUGAUGACCUUGUUAAUGCAGAGUCUGCUAGCAGCAACACAAUCUUCUCGUGCGACCAGUGUAGACCAAGAUCUGCCAGUACUACUGUACCACCUUGUCAUGGCCUACAUUGUUGGCUAUUUAAGAAGUACAUACAUGUAUUUUGAUAUUCCCUAAGAAUGAUGACUGGCCUUGUCCAGAUUGAAUUAUGGACAAGUCCAUUUAAGUUAUUUAGGGUGGUAAGUGUUAACUUGAUUAGAAAUAAAUCAAAACAUUGUAGCGUCUUUCAUAUAAGUUGUAACGUUUCUUUCAGUGUAUAAAAACGACUUUGUUACCUUUCAUGUUGUUGUUACUGUAAAUUUACCUUUUAUUUAACAAACUCAAUUAGUUAUAAAUCAAAGGGUCAUUCUUUCCAUGAACAGACCUAUGUAUACUGUACGUAUCUAAAUUAGGAACGAAAUUACUGCAACGCUUGCUGAAUUACUGGUAAUUAAUAUAUCAAUGUUUGUUACAUGUAAACAUGUAAGAGUGCAAUCUUCUGUCACUUGUAACCAUGGUAACAUUUACUUCUACCUCAACGUUCUUCUUCUUACACCUAUCUUGUCUUAUUGUGUUAGGACAUUAUUCGUCUUCUUUCAAAGGAGUAUAUUCUUUUUGAUAGGACCAUAUUGUUGGAAAAGAUAACUUAUAUAUUGAGAUAGCGAUUACGAUUUUUUUCUUUAUUGUGCAGUAAAGUUGUUUGUAUUAGUGUUUAUUUUAAUAUCUAUAACUAGCAAAAACUUCAAUGUCUCAUUAUUAAAAUGUUAUAAGAUGUUAAUAUAGUGUAACAGCAAUUAAUAUUUUUUCUUUACUCUGUAUUUACAUGAAUGGAAUACUGUAAGUAUUUCAAAAACUGCUUACCAUAUAUUAUAGAUCUUAGAUAGGUAAAUUUAUUUUAAUGUGUGUAAUAUGCUUGGAUUAUUAUGAUGGUCAUAUGUUGAUAUGGAAGCUUGAUGUAACUUCAAACUUAACUUAGAACAUUGUAAUGGUUGCAAUGAUGAACUUUUUGUCAGUCAUUUUUCUAGGUAUAAAUUUACAGUUAUUAUUAUUACAUUCCGUCCCAACAAACUGUUGUGAUAAUGUUUGGUUUACAUGAAAGAUUUCGUUUUUGUUCUAAUUUAUGAGAGAUCAUGUUUAUCAUUUCUAAUUUUAUCAUUGUAUUAAAGUUAUAUUAGAAUACAUUCCGUCCAAUAUUAUAUGUGUUCACAAAAAAAUAUAUCUUAGAUUUUUAUUCAAUAUUUCACAAAUAUCCAUAUACAUUUUAAACAUUUGCUAUUACAUUUAUCCAGUUUUUGCUGUACAUGAAUGAACUGAGAACCAACAUUUUUCACCUUAGUCAAAUUAAUGCAAGAUUUUUUAUAAGAAUGACAUCAUAAAUUAUAGCCAAUAUUGUCAAUAGAAAUAGUUCAUAACGAAGGUAGCUGUAAAUAUGCACUAUCUAUGCAUCAUACAAAAUAAUCUUUUAUCAACAGUUUUAAGAUUUUCUUACAAAUAUAUUUCCAAGACAAUUAAGUAUGCAGAAACGACUUUCUAUUUUUAUUUCGGAUUUUAUUUCCAUUCUGAUCUUAAAGAACUUGAAUAUUUCAUUAUUUUAAAUGAACAAUAAUUAAAGAUUUUAUUGCAGCUGAUUAUGUUUAUUGUAUAUUUUUGUUAUAUGUUAAUUUAUUGCCACUGCAUUAUUGUUAUACAAUGUAGUUUUGGAAUGACUUGUGAUCCAUUCCAGGAGUUAUUUUCUCAAAAUCUGUGAUAAAAUGUUUGUGUUUACAUGCCGAGAAACAAUAUAAAUUUAGGAAUCAA